AUGUCCUCCAUCGCGGGCCAUCUCGUCCGUCGGGGCACGGAGCUUGCUGCCGCCCAUUUCAAGGACCCCGAGAAGCAGCCGCAGCAGAUCUCGGGCGCUCUCGCUGCCACUUUGAUCGUGACCAUUGUGGUCUUCACCCUUUCCAUGUGGGCCGUCGAAUAUACCUACGGAGGCGUCGUGGCCACUCUCGCCGCCGUCGAGGACUCCAACCCCGAUGUUUAUGUCCGCAUCGAUAAUCCCCCCGAGGAUGACCCAACCAAGCCGUUUAACCCCAACGAGCCCGAGCAUGCCGACCUCUCUCCCCGUCUCCAGCCCGUCACCAGCAAGCUGCGCACCACCAUCAAGCACCUGCGUGCCCGCGCGGGCUUCUGGUCCCGCUUCCGCGGUUUCGCCAUGUACGCGACCUAUGCGAUGGCCCGUGGCAUCCUCGCCGGGUUCAUGCCUGUUCCCAAGGGCUCUUUCAUCGGCCAGUUCGUCGUGCAGUCCAUCAUCAGCCUGCUGCUCGCCACCUGGCAGAUGGCCUGGGUGCACAUCGUCAUCUCCGAGCCUUCCCCCAGGCGCUUCUACCAGCGGAUUCCUAGCUUCCGCACCUGGAUCAAGAUUGCCCCCGCCGCGGCCCUGGAGGACAUCCUGACUGCCGCCGCCUUCUUCUUCCCCAUGGCCAUUGCCAGCUUUGCUGGUUGGAUCGAGAGCAACAACGACAGCGAGAACACCAUUGUCGUGAUGUCCCGCUACAUAAUGGUGAUGGGUAUCCCUGCCCUGCUCGCCUUAAUCAUCUCCAUCCCCGCCCGUGUGAUCUUCAUCCGUGUCGCGGCCUCAAUGCUGCCCGAGGAGGACGAGACCAUCGUGCCCUUUGACCGCUCCUUCGGCGGUAAGGUGCAGCCCCAGAUUGUGGGUGGCAGUGGCCACAUUGGUCUGCUGGAUGCUUGGACCACCUUUGACUGGGCUGCUCGGGUUCGCUUCGCCAAGGUCUUGGGUAAGACCAUUGCGAUCGAGCUUGCUCUGGGCCUGUUGCUCGGUAUCCUGGUGUUUGUCCAGAUCUUCACCCUGGCUCCCAAGGCUAUUCACAACGGUGAUGGCUCGGGCAAGCCUUCCACCGCUUAA